CCGUUCUUCUCCUCUCAGCGUCACUCUCCGCUCCAUUCAUUCUUGCCUUCGUCGCUCAACAUGGCUGCUGUAAUCAAGGCAAUCAAUGCUAAGAUCCGUUCCAACAAGGUUCUGGACUAUGUCUGCUCUACACAUUUCUGGGGCCCUGCCUCCAACUUCGGUAUCCCCAUCGCCGCUGUCAUGGACACCCAGAAGGACCCCGAGAUCAUCUCCGGCCAAAUGACUGGUGCCCUCGUGAUCUACUCCGGUACCUUCAUGCGCUACGCUCUCGCCGUCUCCCCCAAGAACUACCUUCUGUUCGCCUGCCACGCCGUCAACUUCUCCGCCCAGCUGACCCAAGGUUACCGCUACCUGAACUACUGGAACUGGGGUGGCCGUGAAGCCAAGCUCGCCCAGGCCGCUCAGCAGGGCAAGGAAGCCACCGAAGCCGGCCAAUAGACAACGCCUCUUCGCCCUGUCUCUCUCGCUCUCGCUCCCUCCUUAUGAGGUUUUCUCGUCCUCUUUUUCUGUGCUGCGGGUGUGGCGGGGGUGGUUCGCUGAAUGGAAUUGCGGGUGUUGGGAACCUGUAUGAUGUAGCAGUUAGGUAAGGGGAGAGGGAUUUACGGAUCAUUUUCCUUUAUUCCUUUGUCUGUAAAGGGGGGCUGGCUGGCUGCUGCUGUUGCUUCUGAUUACACGGUUUUGUGGGUUCUCGUGACUUUCUUCCGGCUCCUCCGCUUUCCGUUACUAGCAAGUUCUUGCAUGGCGGGUUGCUUUGGUUUUUUUUGUAUAUAGCUCUCUCUCUUUUUUCCCUCUAUCGCGUCC